AUGAGAGCAAAAUAUCAAUUUGGAAAAACUCAUAGUGAUAGAACAGACGGUACUAUUUGUGAAGCAGACGGCCCCUCGGGCCUAGUUGCCAUCAAAACAAUUGUCAAGAAAAAAGCAUUCUCGGCAGAAAAAGAAGCGAGUAGCGAAAUAAACGCUCUACGGCGAUUAAACCACACUCACAUAAUCCAACUAAUCGACUGGUUUGAAUCAAAAGAUAACUACUACAUAGUUACGCAAAAUACCGAUGGAGGUAGUCUUUUUGAUCGUGUAAUAGAUUUUACUAAAUUACGGGAGAGAGAGGCGACAGUCAUUAUACUUCAAGUUCUCAGCGCCGUUGCCUAUCUGCAUAGCAAUUCCAUCAUCCAUCGAGAUGAGCUCUUCUACGACUUUGUUGGAUCAUUUGGAUAUGCUGCCCCAGAAGUAGUACAAAAGGUUGGGCACGGUCGAGCCGCCGACAUUUGGUCUGUUGGCGUUGUCAUAUAUGUACUAUUAUGUGGCUACACACCAAACCGGAGUACUAAUAUUCAGGAUUUUCUCGAGGAGUGUACUCAAGAGUAUCUAGUUUUCCAUGAAAAAUUCUGGAAGAAUGUUGGUCAAGACGCAAAAGAUUUCAUUUCCAGUCUGAUGAAUCUGGCUCCUGGAAAACGACCCACCUGCCAGCAAACUUCUGACAAUGGGCUAAUUUAUUCUUCUAAAAAGAAUGCGCUCGCACACCCAUGGAUUGAUAGUAGGCCUUCAGCGGCGGCAAAGAUGAAUACAGCUGAGCAACAGUUUCUACCACUCUUGCCAUUUAAAUAG